AUGAGCGCCUCCGGAAUCGUGCGUCCGCGCCUCGUGUUUCCAGGGGCGGGCUAUACGCUGCAGAUUCCAGUCGAACACUCGCCCACAUACAAUCAUGGCUUGAAAAAUGCGCCAUCUCUUGGGAAGGCUCUAGUGGAAGCGUAUUUCGUGACUCCGGCCUCGCACAUCGGCCGCGUCGUCACUGGUGUCGUGUUCGUGGCUGAACAGAGUCGUGCGAGCCGCACAUUUGCUGCCCAAACUGAAUCAACCGACCGUUUCGGUCGCACAGCAAUCUCAUUUGCUGAUAAAUUGGCUGAACAAGGUUACAAGGUACUGGUAAUAGACUUUUUUCAGGAGGGUAAGAUGGUCAGUGCCAUGCAAGAGCACGUAUUUAUUAUCGAUCAGGCAGCCAAUUAUCUCAGGCAGCAGCACAAUAUCCAGCGCGUAGGGCUUUUCGGAGUAGGUAUGGGCGCUGAUUUGGCCAUUAAGGUGGCUAUCGAGCAGUCUGCUGCAGUGGAUUGCGUUAUCGCCAUGUGUCCAAGAGGUAUCAUGUCCUGGACAGCAUGUGAAAAAUCAAGCGAUGACAUAUCAAAAUCGCCUACUGUUCCAUUGCUACUGCAAUUUGGCGAAAAAUCGCCUUACGCUGCAUCUGAGGCUUACAAAAAAAUUCUAAAUUUGUGCGCUGCCAAACCCCAGACAUCUCCUGCACUAAAAACAUCGCCAUUUGUUAAUCAGCACAGCGGAUUCGCGUUUUCCAACAUCACAGAUGAAGACGCGGCGACGCAGGCAAUCGCAGAAAUUUUGGACUGGCUUGUGCAGCACUUGCAUCGCUUUCAGGUGGCUGCGGCUACCAGCGACACUGACCCGUGGUGGCCUCAAGGUCGCAAUGGACCUUUUUUUAACGUCGGUUUACGAACAUGGCAGGAAUCGCGAGCAAAUUGGCUUUUGGCUACACAAGCGCGCCCGCCUCGACCGCCUCCGGUACCUGCUCAUUUGCUGUUCGAUGGAUUAUCAUCCGUGCGCCGGACUUUUGAUCUGCCGCAGCGUAUGCAUCUUGGCGAUGUCAUCGAGCUUUUUGCCGAAAUCUGGGAGGUGCAACAUUAG